GGUAUAGCGUAAAUGGGUAAAAUGUUAAACAUGCGACUGGGCUAUAUUUUCAUGUACACAAAAAUCAAGUAAACCCGUCAAUUAUAGAAUGGACUUAACAGGACGUAACGUGACUAUUACUGUAGUAUAACAUCGUGCAAAAAUAUGUGUUUAAAUGUGAAACGUAUAUUAAAAAGAGGGAAAAUUAAGUUAUCGACAUUGGGAUUAUCGAUAUGUUUAUUUUGUUCAUUAAUCGUAUAUUUGAAAAUGCCAUACUUCGUCUCGGGUUAUUUCGCGGUUGUUCGGUCAAACUGGACACGGAUUCUAUGUGAGGACAGCCCAGAUGGAAACGCCAGUGACCACGUGACUGAUCAGAAGACCUGCUGCAGUGAGAGGAAGGAUUUCAAAGGCAGAUUAGAACCUUCGUUAUCCCAAGAUAACUUGGAUUUCCCGUUCAUUUCAAAUGGAACGUGGAAGCCUGCAUCAUGCAACCCCGUUCAGCACGUUGCCGUCAUCAUCCCGUUCAGAAACAGAGAGGAACAUUUACAUAUAUUACUCCAAAGUAUAGUACCCAUCUUGGUGAAGCAGAAGGUACACUUCCACAUCUUCGUUGCGGAGCAGUACGGGAAUCAAACAUUUAACAAGGGUCGUGUGAUGAACGCAGCUUUCCUAGAGGUGUCUAAAAUGUCGGAUUGCGAUUGCUACAUCUUUCACGAUGUGGACAUGAUUCCUGAAGAUGACCGUAUAAUCUACCUAUGUGAUGAUAGCCCAAAACAUAUGUCCCCUGCUGUCGACGUUUUCAAAUAUAAGCUGCCGUACCAAUAUUUAGUUGGUGGUGCUAUUGCCUUUCCUAAGGCUGACUUUAUCGCUUUGAACGGCUACUCGAACUUGUACUGGGGCUGGGGAGCGGAGGACGAUGACAUGUCUAAAAGGAUUAUGUUAAACGACGCGGUAAUUACUCGACAAGACAAGCAAUUAGCUCGUUAUAGGAUGAUAAAACAUAAACCGAGUGAAAAAGAUGUCGAGGGACGAAAAUACAGAUUUUUAAGUCGGACAAAAGAUAUUCAUCAAGAAGAUGGUUUAAACAGCAUACAGUAUAAUCUCAUAUCAGUGCAAUGGACGCAGUAUUACACACACUUGAUGAUCAACGUUGGUCCAGCUCCGUCCAAUACCGACAGCAUCGACGACAUCAUCCGUAUGGUGUCGUGGAAGAACUAUUAGGUUCACACCAUAGACUGCGAAUACUUUGAUGCAUUUUGUGCAUCUGGCCCCAAUUUCUCGAAACUUCUUAAGUCCCUUAUAAGAGGAUUAAGCUAAUCUCACUAUUUUUGUUGUUCUAUAAAAUGUGUUAUAUUUACUUCUUCUAGAAUAUUUUAGAAAUUAUGUUGGAAAAAUCUGUAUGAUUAUCAGAAUAAACCAUUUUCCAUUUAUCAAAAUCCAUUUUCAGUAUGUAUUUUGGUUAAUUGAAAUAAGCGACUUAAGCCUGUUGAGCUUAAGAAGUUUCGAGAAAUUGGGGCCAGGAGGUCUUCCAGAACUAAGAUUAACUUUCCAUACGUUUAUUUUAUAUUGUGCGUGGAAAGGAUCUUUCAUCACAUAUGUAUUAAAAACCUGUGUAUGACAAAUGAAGAGCUGUAUGGUAGUCAACCCUGUAUUUGGAAUACACAGUAUCAAGUUGAGCUGACGUAUCGCAAUGAAACAUGAACGAAUGGUGCGCGACCUGUUAAGGUGCAAUUCUAACAAAUCACAGUAAUACAUCGUAUAAUUUCGUUUUAUUUGCACAUUUUGAGAUAAGUAACUGUUAGAAUAUUAUAAAUGUUACAAACUAUACAAGAGUGUUAACUUCAUCACUUAGAUUAACUAUGACAACUGAAAGAUGGUCUUACGUGCCUAGAAAUUAAAGGCUCUGUAAUAUUUGUAAAACAUUAGAUGACGAGUAUCACUUUCUACAUGAAUGCAUAUUAUAUUAGGAAAAAAGUAAGAAGUAUACAUUUAAGAAAUAUUUUAUAUUUAAACCAAGUGUGUUCAAAUGUAGUGUUAUGUUAUGGUCUAAUGAUGUUUGUAAACUAAGAAAUCCUGCUGUCUUUGCAUAUUAGGAGUUCGACCGUAAUGAUAUAACUUUCCAUGUAAUAUCUAUUUAACUAGAUAAUUUCAUGAGUUAAAAUAUAUGAGCUAUGAUUAAUUAUGCUGUAUCAAUGUAUGCUUUAUACGAAAGAACCGCACAUAAAAGGAAUAGAUUGGCUUAUUUUUUUCAUUUAAAUAUGUUUUUCGCUAAAUUCUAUACAUCCUGAUACGACCCUGGGGUGUACUUCAGUGUUUCAUUGUUGGCUGGUUAAAGGGACACAACUCCCAUAUAUGUUUUAAGUUAUACUUCACUUAUGACGAGUAAAUAAAUACUGUUGUUUUAUAAACAUUAAUCAUGCUUAUAGUUAUCUUGCCAAUAAAUUGUUCUUCCAAUAAAUAGAAUAUUAGGCAAAUGCUUGUAACUGCUGUUUUUUGGUGCUGUUGUUUUACAUGAUGUAGAUGUAAAUUUGUAUAUUUCCGUUAAAAUGCUGUUUAUUAACUUACUUGAACGUGCCUUGUGUUGGAACUUAUAUUCAUAAAGCUAAAGCGACUGAUGAUGUUAACAAUACCGCACAUAAUUUAUGCCCACGAUUGUUUUUGCUGAAGUAAUGGUGUCUUAUUUCAUACACAUAAAGGUUAGUACCAUUAUGAAAAUAAUUGCUCUUAGAACUGCUUUAAAUUCUACAAUAAUAAUACCAAAAACAACUCAUAAAAUUCUUAGAUAGAUAUAAAGCUCUUCAUUCGAUUGUUUGGUAUACAUUCCUUAGUACACGUUUUUAUUUUUAUACAAAUAGUUUGUAUUUCGUAUGAAAAAUUUCACUAAAUUUAAAAAGAAAUAAAACAAAACAUGUAAGUCAUGACAAAAACUUAAUUUUUGAUUUGCAAAUGUCAUUCAAACGAAUAAAUUCCAGAUUAUUCCCUCAUAAUGUAUUGUCGGAUUUUCAUCCUGCCAUUUGCAUACAAAUCAGUCCAAAACAAGGUGCCGUGUAAUUAUAGUUCAUUAGGAUAGUAGACCACGUGAUGUUUAUCUACAGUCAGUUGGUCAUGCGUCCGCGAAAACGGACUUUUUAUUCUGAAAUGUCAGAGGAAAAGCACAAAUAAUGUUUAAGUAUCUUGUCAAAUGUCCGCCAACAACCGACCUCAACAAUCACUCGCCUAUAAAGUCCCAUCACUCUGCAUAAUAAAGACACUGGAAAAACAAUCGACCAUAAAAUCUUCAUGUGGUGUGAAAAUCUUACCCCUCCGCAAAUGCUGGAAACUGGGCAGCAUUCAACGAUAGUCAUUUCCAUUUCUCUCACUUAGAACAUAAAUGAAUAAUCUCUUUGCCGGUCCAGUUCUGAACAUCCAACACUAUCAACAUGAAUUAAAACCUUUUAACAUUUGGCGAUUGCUUGAAAACACUCGUGAUCUUGAACCGUGACCUGUGUACUGUACAUUGUGACUUGCGGAAUAAUUGUUACAUAAUCAGAUUAUGUUUGGUGACUGAUCCAUGUGUCUGCACUUUUAAAAGCGUUUUAUGUUUUGAAUUGAUAUUGAUGCAUUAAAGUGCAAUGACUUUGACUACAAGCGUAUUGAAAAAAGUUGAACAGUUUUGAGAACUAUUUCGGUGGCGUUUUAAACAUGAAUACCGAGUGUGCUGACGUCAACAUGGAAAAGGCAAUUGACCCCCUUAUUUUUGAAGAUAAUUAAUACUUUUAAGGUUAUUUAUAGUGUUUAAACAAGAACAAUGUAACAGGAUAAAUAUAAUACUAUGUUAGAUGCAUAUUGAUCAUUGAAAUAAAUAAAAACUAUUUAUUGCAAUCUA